CGGGAGCCUGCCCGAAGCUGGGUGAGCGGCUCCGGCACCACGUGCGGGCGAGGGCCGGGGAUGCCGCACGCCGCGGACGCGCCCGCACGUGUGCCGCCAGCGCCGGAGCUUCGCCCGAGCCCGCGGCAGGUGCCAGGCUGCCACAGGCUGUCAUUGCGCACCGGUGUGUGCAAAGCACCGGGGUUGGGUACCGGCGGCGUGCCCGGGACAGGUUCGGCGGGCGACCCGGUUGAUGGACCCAGCAGAAGCCAAAUGGAAGAAGGGCCAAUUAAUUAUGUGGAAGAAAGGCGGCUGAAGGAGGGCAGUGGGCUCAGCCUGGCCAAUGGGGGCCGGCCAGAGGCGGGGGGCGCCGCACUGAUGGAGCCGAGCGGCUGGUCACAGGGCCAGCUGCCCAGCGCCACCAAAGCCCACUUGGAGGACGUCAGGAACCUGGUGGCCUUCUCAGCGGUGGCCGAAGCCGUUUCCUCCUACCGGCUGCCGCCGCCGGGUUCGCCGUCACUGCUGUACGAGAAGUUCGACUCGGACAUGAGCCGGGGCGGGCUGGGCACGGCGGACGGCGUGCCACGAGGGGAGGACCUGCAUGCCCUCAAAGCUGCCCUGGCUUUGGCCAAGCAUGGCGUGAAGCCCCCCAACUGCAACUGCGACGGCCCCGAGUGCCCCGACUACCUGGAAUGGUUGGAGCAGAAGAUCAAGACGGCUCUGGGCGAAGAGCCGGCAUCACCGCGGCCCCGCGCCGCCGCCAACCCCCCGCCGAUCCCUCCGGAAGGUGCUAUCGACCCCCAGCCGGUGCCUGAGGCCGCCGAGCCCUGCCCACCCGACGGCCUCCCCUUUUCCCAGAGCGCGUUGACCAUCGCCAAGGAGAAGAACAUCAGCCUGCAGACCGCCAUAGCCAUCGAGGCCCUGACGCAGCUCUCGGCCGCGCUCCCCCAGCCCGCCGGCGAUGGGCAGCCCCCGCCCCCGCCGCCCCCCGCCACCCCGUUUGGCCCCGGCCCUCUCGUCCCGCCGGCAGCUGCGUGGCAGCGAGGGGAUGAGCCACGUUAUCCGCCGGAGCCGGGAGCAGCACCCGAGCCCUUUUUUGGUGCGGCACCUCCCCGUGGGGGCUUCACAGCGACGUGGGGGCUGGAGACCGAGGGGGCAGCAGGGGCUGGAGACCCCAUGGCAGAGCUGGAGCAGCUGCUGGGUAACGCUGAUGACUACAUCAAGGCAGCCUUCAAGAGACCCGAGCCGGCGGGCGGCAAAGCGGUGACACCUAAAGCAGAGCCCCCCGAGCGAGCACCCAGCAAGGACGCAGCGGGCGGCCCCUGUCCGGCGCCGGCACCGGCACCGCCGGAGCCCAACCUGCACAAGAAGACGCAGCUGGUCCUGCAGCAGCAUCUCCACCACAAGCGCAGCCUCUUCCUCGAGCAAAGCCUGGCAGCGGCGGCGGCGCCCCCGGAGCGGCCGAGUGGCUGGUGGGCUCCCGGUGCCCCGGCCGUGCCCCCCAAGCCCUUCGAAAAGCAGGCCAAAGAGAAGAAGAAGAAACCGCCCCCCGAGAAGCCUCCUCCGGCUAAGCCGCUCCGUAAGCAGGUGCAGAUCAAGAAGGCCAAGCAGAAGGACUCGCAGCCACUCUUCCUGCCCCUCUGGCAGAUCAGCCUGGAGGGCUUUCGGACGCCCGCCGAACCCCCUUCCGAGCAGAUGCAAACCGAACCGCCGCCGCCACCGCCGGCUGCCUUCCCGCUCCAGCCUCUUGCACUACCCCCGCCCGCCGCUCGCCCCCCGCCACCGAACCCCCUCGACGGCGGCCUCCCGGCUCCCGACUCUCAGGAAAGGGGCGCCCCCGGGGGGGGCCCCCAAAUUCACCCGGCGCCGCCGGCGGGUUCCACCGGCUCAGAGGACGCCGCGGCCGCCCCGCCGCCGCCCGCCUCGACCCCCCUGGUGGUGGACGACAAGCUGGAGGAGCUCAUCCGCCAAUUUGAAGCCGAAUUCGGGGAGAAUUUCAACCUGCAGCCCCCCGAGACCCCCGUUCCGCUCGCCCCCGGGACCACCGAGCUGCCGGGGGGAGCAGCACCAGCCCCGCAAGCGCAACUCACUACCACCACCACCACCACCAUCACCGCCACCGCCGCCGCCGCCGCCGCCGCUGCCACGCCGGCCCCGAGCAGCGCUCCCCAAGCCGGACCCAAAAGCUUUUCGUUCUCACCAGGGAAGGGUCCGCUUCCAGAGCCCCCCUUCGCCGCCCGCUCCCCCAAGCAGAUCAAAAUCGAGUCUUCUGGUGCUAUCACCGUGGUGUCCACCACGUGCUUUUACUCUGAGGAGAGCCAAAACCCGGAGGCGGAGGACGCCGAAGGGACACCCACCAAGGACGAGGUGCCGCUGACGCCCACCCUCAGCGGCUUCCUGGAGUCGCCGCUCAAGUACCUGGACACACCCACCAAGAGCCUCUUGGACACCCCUGCCAAGCGGGCACAAGCCGAGUUCCCCACCUGCGACUGUGUCGAGCAAAUCGUGGAGAAGGACGAGGGACCCUACUACACCCACCUGGGCUCAGGGCCCACCGUGGCCUCCAUCCGUGAGCUCAUGGAGGAGAGGUACGGCGAGAAGGGCAAAGCCAUCCGCAUCGAGAAGGUCAUCUACACCGGGAAGGAAGGGAAGAGCUCCCGGGGCUGCCCCAUCGCCAAGUGGGUGAUCCGGAGACACAACCAAGAGGAGAAGCUGCUGUGCCUGGUGCGCCACCGUGCUGGCCACCACUGCCAGAACGCCGUCAUCAUCAUCCUGAUCCUGGCCUGGGAGGGCAUCCCCCGCACGCUGGGGGACACUCUCUACCAGGAGCUCACCGACACCCUCACCAAGUACGGCAACCCCACCAGCCGCCGCUGCGGCCUCAACGACGACCGGACCUGUGCAUGCCAAGGCAAGGACCCCAACACCUGUGGAGCCUCCUUCUCCUUCGGCUGCUCUUGGAGCAUGUACUUCAACGGCUGCAAGUACGCCCGCAGCAAGACGCCGCGCAAGUUCCGCCUGGUGGGGGACAAUCCCAAAGAGGAAGAGCUGCUCCGGAAAAGCUUUCAGGACUUGGCCACCGAGGUUGCUCCACUGUACAAGAGGCUGGCACCACAAGCCUACCAAAACCAGGUUACCAAUGAGGACGUAGCCAUAGACUGCCGGCUGGGGCUGAAGGAGGGGAGGCCAUUCUCGGGCGUGACAGCCUGCAUGGACUUCUGUGCCCACGCUCACAAGGACCAGCACAACCUCUACAACGGCUGCACCGUGGUCUGCACGCUGACAAAGGAAGACAACCGUGUGGUGGGGAAGAUCCCAGAGGAUGAGCAGCUGCAUGUCCUCCCCCUCUACAAGAUGUCCAGCACGGAUGAGUUUGGCAGUGAGGAGAACCAAAAUGCCAAGGUGGGCAGCGGGGCCAUCCAGGUGCUCACAUCCUUCCCCCGCGAGGUCCGCAAGCUGCCUGAACCUGCCAAGUCCUGCCGGCAGAGGCAGCUGGAAGCGAGGAAAGCUGCUGCUGAGAGGAAGAAGCUGCAGAAAGAGAAGCUGAUGACACCAGAGAAGAUCAAGCAGGAAGCUCUGGAGCUCCCCACGCUCCAGCAAAACGCAGGUAUGGCAUUGAAAAGCGGGCUGCCCACGCAGCCGCUGAAACCUUCCAUCAAGGUGGAGCCUCAGAGCCAUUUCAACACCUUCAAGUACAACGGCAACGCGGUGGUGGAGAGCUACUCGGUGCUGGGCAGCUGCCGGCCCUCCGACCCCUACAGCAUGAACAGUGUUUACUCUUACCAUUCCUACUAUGCACAGCCCAAUCUGCCUUCCGUGAACGGGUUUCACUCCAAGUUCACGCUCCCCUCCUUCGGCUAUUACGGCUUCUCCAGCAACCACCACAUGUUCCCCUCCCAGCUCCUCAACUACGGAGCUACCGACAGGAGCGGGGGCAGCUGGGUGAGCAACGGCUACGAGAAGAAACCUGACGUCUCAGCCUUGCAGGAGAACCUCAACCACGCCUACGGCAACGCCGAUUUCCCCGAGCCUGUCCCGCACAGCGUCCGCAGCAAAAACCAUCACCAGCGCACCUACGAGCGGGCAAACCGCUACGCCAGCCAGCAGAAAGCGGCGGCCGCGGCGCACAGGACUAGCUCGGGCUCAGAGCAGGCACCACCCUUUGCACAGAACUGUUUUGCCAACAGGCCCAUCAAGCAGGAGCCUCCAGACCCUCCGCCUGCAGUCGAGCCUCUUCCUGGUACAGCGGCCGAGCCCGGCACCGGUUUAGCCUUGCCGGCCAUCCCGGCUCGCAGCGUUGGGGCGGAGCAGCAAUGGAGCCCCUUUAAAGCAUCCCGGGGCUUGUCUUCCCCCGAGAGGACUAACACGGCGGAGGGCUCGUGGAGUGCCCUGGUAUCAGGUUCAGGUGGGAGGGAGAAGUCAAGCGCUUUUGACGCUGCUGUGCGGUUGCCACCACCGGAGAAGCAGUGGCCCAACGUCCUGGCAGGAGAGGCGGCGGUGGCGCGCAGCUCAGGCUUGCUGCCCAAACCGUGGAGCCCCUGCAAGCUCGGGGAGACGGCGCUGGCUGGCACGGGCACCCCGAGCCUCCUGGGGCAGCUGGGUUUCGGCUCGGCCUUGCCAGGGCUGCCCAGCUUUGCUGAGGAGCCUUGGGGCUCGGUGAAGGCAGAGGAACGGAGGACACCAGCACCCAGCCCGGGCCUGCCAGAGAAGCCGUGGGAGGCAGUGGUGGGUGAGAAGGGGGCUGCAGCACCUCGCCGGGACAAGCCGUGGGACCCUUUUGGCCUGGAGGAAGAUCUGCCAGAGAAGGCAGUGAAAGAAGAGGAAGAGGAGGAGGACGAGGAGGAUGAGGAAGAAGAGGAGGAGUGGUCGGACAGCGAGCACAACUUCCUGGACGAGAACAUCGGCGGCGUGGCCGUGGCGCCCGCGCACGGCUCCAUCCUCAUCGAGUGCGCCCGCAGGGAGCUCCACGCCACCACCCCGCUGAAGAAACCCAACCGCUGCCACCCCACCCGCAUCUCCCUGGUCUUUUACCAACACAAGAACUUGAACCAGCCCAACCACGGCCUGGCGCUGUGGGAGGCCAAGAUGAAGCAGCUGGCGGAGCGGGCUCGGGCACGGCAAGAGGAGGCAGCGCGCCUGGGGCUGCCGCCGGACGCCAAAGCCUUCGCCAAGAAGCGCAAGUGGGGCGGCGCUUUGGCGACCGAGGCGCCCAGCAAGGAGAGGAGGGACUCGGUCCCCACGCGGCAGGCGGUGGCCAUCCCCACCAACUCUGCCAUCACUGUGUCCUCCUACGCCUACACCAAGGUGACAGGCCCCUACAGCCGCUGGAUCUGAGACCGGAGGUCAACCGCCGCGGCCCCAUCUUACCUCAAACCUCUACGGCAGCGCCGGAACCAGGCGUUGCUUCGUGGUGCUUUCUCCUCGGGCGUGGUGGGAGGGAGAAGAAAAAGAAACAAACCAGAAGAAACAAACAACAAAAAAAAAAAAAAAAAACCCAAGAAACCAGACAAAAAAAAAACCAAACCCAAGGAAGCAAACCCACCACCACCAAAACAUCCCCCCAGAACCCAAGCCACAGGAAAGCCACCCCGAGACGCAUGCGAGGAAGCAGCGCCCGUGGGAGAGCUGUGCUUGGUUGAGGAGUUGGCCAACAAAGGAAGAUUUGGAGACAAGAACCAACUACAGGGAAAAAAACAACAACAACAACAAAAGGCAAAAGAGGAACGAUGCUGCUGGAGGCUUUUUCUUGGCGGGGGGGUUUUGCAUCUCCGUGGGGGGUUAUUUUUUAAUCCAGCCUCGUGAGCAGAAGGGAGAAGCUUUGUAGAGUUCUUCGGCAAAGGAGAGGUUUUUUAAAUGCCUAUUUAUUGGGAUUUUAUUUCCUUCCCUUUUUAGUUCGAUUUUAGUCUUUCCCCCUCCCCGGUUUGUACUCCGAUGACAACGACGAAGCUGAUCGUGGAGAGAGAAACCGACGAUGAAAUCGACGAGAAACUAAACGACCCAACCCUAAAGACAAAAAAAAAAAAAACCCAACCCCACUCCCCCAAACCUGAAACACCAAACCAGCGUCAAGGCGAAAAGGUGGACUCCUGGUGGGAUAGUGGUUUUCCACUCACGCUCAACAGUCUUUUAAAGUUUCUUAUUUAACCCAAACGACCUAAAACCCACCAAUUUCCCAACGCGAGGAGUCCUUCCUUCCAGCGGUGGGGAGACCUGUUGGCCCGUGGGGCAUCCCAGGACGAGCGUCUCCGGUGGGAUCGGCUCCUCCGGGACGCAGCGAGCCGGCGUCUUCCUCGGCGCCGGAGACCUCAGGACAUGUACAGGCUGGGGGAUUGCUGCUGCUGCCCUGGGGCAGGGGUUUGCUGCGCUUGAGCUCAGACUCGGGGCGGGGAGCUCUUUGGUUGAUGACCCCAAGGAGAGAGCGGCAGCAGCAGCGGCGGCGGCGGCGGCAUCUCUAAAGGAGCCGACGAGACAGGAAUAAAACAAACACAACACAAAACCCAGGAAAAUAAAUGAAAAAAAAAAAAAAAAGAAAAGAAAACAAAAACAACGCAAAAACAGGAAAAAAAAAAACCCAACCCUACAAAAACAGGAAAAAAAACCCCAACCCCAAACUGUGAAUAACGAACUGGUCUUGCUCUCUGUACAUCACUGUUGCUACAGUCUGGUGCUUUCUGUCUCCGGGGGAUUUCUCCACGCGAACGGGUCUGGGAAGAGCGAACCCCAAGACUUGGCUGGCCAAACCCCCCCCCUCCCACCUUCUGCCGGUUCGCUUUCCCCGCCCGUUGCCGGCGAGCCGGCGCGGUGGGGAGCGUCGAAGGGGCUCGGUGCUUUUUCUUAUCCCCUUCCCCCGGUGCCAUCCCUUCCUUCCUAGUACGGAUCGCCGUUCUUCCCGCAAAACGAAACCCACCCCCUCUUCUCCCCGUACCACCCACUCUCAACCCAACCCAGAAUCACGACGCCGACAAACAACCGCGUGGUGCUUUUUGAACUA